GCUCGGCCGAUUGUCAGCUCAUCUGGUCUAGGAGGAAGAGGGUGGCGAUCGGGGUCGGAGUGCGGCGAGUUCAUCCUGAGGAGAAGCUGAGACCGGCCUGAGGACGCCCACUGACAGGACGGAGAAAAGUUGAUUGCAAACAAGACCACAGUUGCAGCCAUCAUGGACCAAGCAGUCCACGAACCUGAGAGAGACCAGGUCCCAUGGCCACGUCUGUCAGGGCUUCUUAUCCAAACUCAGAAGUGCACAGUGAUCGGAGGCUCAGGGUUCCUGGGCCAGCACCUCGUGGAGCAGCUGCUGGCCAGAGGCUACAGCGUCAAUGUGUUUGACAUCCGCCAAGGCUUUGAUAACCCGCACGUGCGCUUCUUUCUCGGCGACCUCUGCAGCCAAAAGGACCUGUACCCGGCUCUGGUAGGCGCAAGCACUGUUUUCCACUGCGCGUCACCCUCACCAUCCAGUAACAACAAGGAGCUCUUUUAUAGAGUGAACUUAUCUGGCACCGAGAACGUCAUUGACACUUGCAGGAAGGCUGGGGUUCAGAGACUCAUUUUAACUAGCAGUGCCAGUGUCGUCUUUGAGGGUGUUGACAUUAAAAAUGGAACUGAGGACCUGCCCUAUGCCGUAAAGCCCAUUGACUACUACACGGAGACUAAGAUCUUACAGGAGAAGACCGUGCUGGGCGCCAAUGAUCCUGAGCAAAAUUUCUUCACCACAGCUAUCCGGCCCCAUGGCAUCUUUGGCCCAAGGGACCCUCAGUUGGUCCCCAUCCUCGUUGAGGCAGCAAAAAAGGGCAAGAUGAAGUUCAUAAUUGGAAAUGGGGAGAACCUGGUGGAUUUCAGCUUCGUGGAGAAUGUGGUCCACGGACACAUCCUGGCCGCAGAGCACCUCUCCCGAGAUGGAGCCCUAGGCGGGAAGGCAUUCCACAUCACCAAUGACGAGCCCAUCCCUUUCUGGACCUUCCUGUCCCGCAUCCUGAAAGGCCUAAAUUAUGAGCCCCCCAAGUACCACAUCCCCUACUGGGUGGCCUACUAUCUGGCCCUCCUGCUGUCCCUGCUGGUAAUGCUGCUCAGUCCCCUCCUCCAAAUCCAGCCUACUUUCACGCCCAUGCGUGUUGCGCUGGCGGGCACAUUCCACUACUACAGCUGCGAGAAAGCCAAGAAGCUGAUAGGCUACCGACCUCUGGUCAGCAUGGAUGAGGCGGUGGAGAGAACCGUGCGCAGCUUCCACCACCUGCGGAAGGUCAAGUGAGACCCUGAGAGCAGCCGAGUGCACCUGCCCUGGCCGGAACCCUCCCCUUGUACCGACCCAUUAAU